UCUUCUCAUCUCACUAUCACAAAUUCAGACUCGGUGCUGUACUGUAGAAUCUAUGGCGGAGAAACUCGUGAAUGAGAAUAUAAUCGAGCAACUUAAAAAUGGAAUUGCUCAAUUCGAGCUUGUAGCUUCUCCAGUUCCUCCCAUAUUGACAUCGAAAUUCUACAAAUGUCCUCCAGCUACCCUUUUGGCGGACGACGGUCAUCGCUUUUUUGCUAGAAUUGGACAGUCGCUAGGUAGGGGAUCGCCGGCGAUGAAAAAAGUCGAGCAAUAUUCAGUACAGAAAGUUACUGGGGACGGGCGGUGUCUAUUUCGCGCAUUGGUCAAAGGAAUGGCAUUUAAUAAAGGUAUCUCUCUGAAGCCGCAAGAAGAGAGAAAUGAUGCGGAUGAUCUACGAAUGGCUGUGAAAGAAGUUAUAUGCGAUAGUAGUAAAGAACGCCGGCAGUAUGAAGAAGCACUGGUUGCAAUUACAGUUGAUGAGCCUUUGAAACGUUACUGUCAGCGCAUUGUGCGUCCUGACUUCUGGGGAGGAGAGUCAGAGCUACUGGUGCUGUCCAAGUUAUGUGGUCAACCAAUCAUUGUUUACAUCCCAGAGCAUGAGCAUACAAGGGGUGGAUGGGGCUCUGGCUUUAUUCCCAUUGCAGAGUAUGGAACUGAGUUUCGCAAGGGCUCAAAAAAUGGAAAGCCAAGGAAAGUUGUGAGGCUACUCUAUAGUGGUAAGAAUCAUUAUGACCUACUUGUCUAGGAAUUCUCAUGGAGGUUCUUUACCAGUGACCAAUACGAAAGACAUUAGUGCGGAAGAAAAUUCUCUAUUAUAUGAAAGGAAGAUUGAGCAUUGAAAUUUGCCAAGGAAAUGAAUAGAAAUUCCUGUAGAAAUUAAACAUUGAUGCAAUUUUCUCGGUCUUGCUUAUUGCGACUACUUACAAUUUUCUAUUUUGGAAGGUUGGAUGCUGCAUACUAGCUGUCUAGACUACUAAUUUUGGCUAGUUGAUGAUGCAUGAUACCUAUUUUUGUUACGGAGCAUGACUUGAUCUUUUAAUCUGGCUUGAAAUUUCCAACUGCUUAAGAAAUGACCAUUUGAGUUAGCCAUAAGUGACUACUCUUUCUUCUU